AUGGCGGAUGACGAAGCUCAAGUAUCCGAUGGUGGGAAUGACCGCUCUGCUGAGUCGGAAAGAACCCAAACGCCCCGCAGACUUCCCAAAAAGCGUACCAAAACAGGCUGCUUAACUUGUCGGAAGCGUCGCAUCAAAUGUGGCGAGGAAAAGCCCAGAUGUGGUAACUGCGUCAAGUCCAAGCGUACUUGCGAGGGCUAUGCCCAGAGGGUAGUCUUUAAGAACCCUCUGGGUAUACUGGGGCCAUACGGCCCACCACAGACUCAAGAUGAUCAAAUACAGCAACAACAGCAAAGUCUACGUGUGCCGAUGUAUACCGAUUUUACUUCGCUGCCGCCUCAACAGGCGGCAGCAGCGGCGCAACAUCCCAUGUUGGCUCCGCGGCUAGAUGACCACAUGCUCUCUGGGUAUCAGUACCCCGCUUCUUCGGCUGCAGUGGCUGCAGUGGCUCGGCAGGAGACUGAAAAGACACAAGAGAUAUAUAAUACAGUGAAUUCUCAACAGUUCUAUUACCCAGCGCUUCCGGCGCAAGUACCUCAGCAAUGGCCUACUCACUCCGCAGAGCAAGGUGGACAACGACGAAUGUCUUCUGCAUCACUCAGUUACACACAGGCUCAGCCUCAACACCUUGCAUCAAAUGAUCCUAGUUCUCAGUACAGUGGGGGAAAUCCUCAACUGCCACAACCCAUUACCGAUUGGGCGAGUAUCGCAGGCCUGGACUAUACUAACAACCAAUACUCUCAGGUAGGAUAUACUCCAGCCCGUUUGAAGAUAUCUCUUGCUGAAGAUAUGCAGGUGUCUUAUCCUCCGAGUACAAUAUAUCACUAUCCUCAAUCGCUUGAACAGCCUGCGCAACCCACUAUCCCGGGACAGUACAUCCCGCCCUCUCAACCGCAGGUCGUAUAUGUCGAAGAUGAAGCAGAGGAUUAUUAUGAUGUGGACUCAGACGAGGAAUUGGAGGAUCAAAUCCAGACAGAGGGCUUCAAUCAGCUGAAUCUCAUCGUUGCCUCUGCAAACCAUGAUGACCGUCGAAUGCGUUCCUUCACCACUCACUUAAACGAACCCAAUAUCCUAUCAUCCUACCACCCGACGCUGGGAUCGUCCCCACUGAACAAUCCCAAGACUGCCCGCAUCUUCGCGCACUUCAUUCACUCGACGGCCCCCACAUUUUCUAUAUUUGAGCGGCACCCGACCGACUCCUCGAUCAACUUGGGCAGCGUUAUCCCGCCCGCUCAACAAGGGUUAUGGACAUACACGCUUUCUCUGAAAGCCUUGGAACACCCAGCUCUUCUUCAUGCCAUUCUUGCAGUCGGUAGUUUGCAUAUUGCAUACCUGCAACAGGCCCCUGCUACUGUCUCUCUGAAGCAUUACCACUAUGCCUUGAAGCGCUUAGGCCGUGCCGUCGGUCUUCCAGGUCGACGGAAGCAGAUUGGAACUAUGGCGGCUACACAACUUCUAGCCUACUACGAAGUCAUGUCAGCCGAUCACAGUAAAUGGAAUAGCCAUGUGGCCGGGUCUGCUCAGUUGAUCCGCGAAAUUGACUUUGCGGGCAUAAGUCGAGAUCUUCGUGCUCACCGUCGCAGAGUUAAUGAACAACGGGCUCAGAUGAGGUGGGCCAAUCCGUCGACGCAAUUCUAUAAUUCCUACGGCAAUGAAGUCUCUGAAGAUGACCCCUUUUCGGAAAAAGAAAAUGCCAUCGACCAAGUGCUCAUCAGCUCUCUGAUGGGUCAGGUAGUCAAUUACGAUCAGUUCGGUCACAUUGAAGGGCAACCACAAUUUCCAAGGAAGCCUUUCUCUCGAAAAGACAUUGAGAAUUUUCGCGUUCAGUGUGAUUUGUAUUGGUGGUUUACCAAACAAGAUGUGUUCCUUAGUUUGAUCAGUGGUGACAAGACAUUUAUACCUCAGUAUCUUCGAAGCCAGUGUCCCCCUCGAGCAGCGGUCGGUCGAAUCGACGCGGUCUAUGGAUCGGCCGAUCAUCUGUGGUUACUACUUGGCCGAAUAUCCGAUUUUGCGCAACGGGAUCGCAAGCGAAAAUUAAAAAACUCUCGUGCAACGGGGGUGGCUUGGAGGCCAGGCCCAGAACUUUUCCGGUUUAUGGGUCGGUUCGCUGGUGGAACUGGGCCACCUGGGAAAUCAAGACCCCCUGGGCCUCCUGGGCCUCCUGGGCCUUCUGGGCAGCCAGGGCCUCCAGGACCUCCAGAACCGCCCUCGUCAGAUUCGUCUAAUUCUAAUCUGGACAGUAGUCCCGGCGCCCCUUCAAUGUCCUCCCAGGAAACCCCGCCCUCCCAGGGUCCACCUCAGAGUCUACCAAGCUCCCCAGAGGGGCCCCCUAUGUAUGGCAUGAUGCCACCGCAGGGUCCAGUCUACGUGCCACCAGCAUUCACAUAUGAUAGACGUGGGCAACCUCAAACACCAGAACAAGAAGAUCAUAGUGAGGAAGCCACAUACGCUGAGGCAGAGCGAGAAUGGGAGGAGAUAUUGGCUGCCAUGGAUCUCUAUGUUCAAGCCCUAGGUCGAGACUUCCAGCCGCUGCCAGCGGAUGUAACGACCGUUAUUGAUUCUCCAUUUGGGCCAGCUCUUCAGUACCGCACACACACUAUUGCCGUGGUCUGGGGAAUGUACUACGGUGGACGAAUAAUGCUGCACCGGCUUCACCCUUGUUUACCUCCUGCCAUGAUGAUGUCUGCCAGUGUAAGUGCUCCUACAACUGCGGAAUACGCACAGAUUGUGGGUCGCAUCAUGGCUGGUAUAUAUUACCCGCAACGAUAUAAUCUCCAAGCCGGCAGCCUUAGCCCGACACUCGGCUCGGCACUUGCGGAGAUGACUCUGCCCAUGUUUUUCUCCGGUGUGCAGUAUGCUGAUAAUGCGCAACGAGUCUGGACAAUUGCGAAGCUAAAGGAUAUCUCGCGCCUUACUGGGUGGAAAACUUCUGACGCCAUUGCGGGUGGCUGUGAGAGCUCCUGGAUCAUUGCAGCUAAGCAUGGACGGGGGCCACCGUAUGAGCGAUCUGUGGUGAGUGACCGUGAGCGUCACAGGGAUGAUCCUGACGAUCUUCCACAGUACGUUGUAGAAGCAGAGAAUGAAUCAUAUUAUAAUGAUGAUCGACGGUUCACCGUCCGGCCGCCCGAUCGAGCCUUCUUAGCCUUGGGGCUCCUGAGCCUGGAAGGUGAUUUACAAAAUCUAGAACUUUAG